ACGGUGCGGCCCCAUAAAUGUCUAUACGAGCAGAUGGGUGAUAGCAAUGCGAGCCUGGAGGCCGCGCUGGAGGAUGUGGAGCGAAAGCGGCACAAGAAGAACCCAUUUGACGCGCGGUACCUUGCCUUUUGCCUCUCCGACUGGGGCCUAGGCCCUGUCGGCGCUAGCGAAGGUGCUGCACAGGCACUGCCACAGCCCGACGUGCAGCAGCGUGUCCACACAAAGCGCGGCGCCAAGCGGCCACGAACGGCGUUGCCGCUGCAGCAGUCCGUGGGCGCUGCAGGACGCGCAGGCACUGGUAGUGACAGCCGUGGCGUGGGUGCCAGAGGCCAUGCCCCCGGCGGCAGAGACGUCGCGUCCGAGCGGCGGGCGCCGGCUGCUGCUGAGGGGGAAGAGGAUGACGAUGAAGAUGCGGAUGCGGAUGCAGAGAGCGCCGCGGUGCAGGCCCAGGCACGGGCGGUUGCGUCUGCUGCGACGCAGCUACAUGUCCGGCUGGAGCUCAUCCGCAGCAUGAAGCAGGCGCUGCUGAAGCAGUCAGCGGAGGCGGUGCGCCACAUCGCGCCGGGGGCAGGAGGUGCAGCCGGGCAAUACAAGCAGCUGGGGCCCAAGGGCGCCGCUACAGCAGGGGACGCGGCCCAGAAGGCUGAAGAUGCAGCAACAGCAGCAGGAGCGGAUGGAGCGCUACGCGGCAAGGGCUCUGACAAUGCUGCAGUGGCCUUCACACACCCUCGCGCUGCGCCGCUAGCGGAGGCGUGCCUGGCAGUGCUGGCGGGGGAGGCGAGCCUCAGAGUGGCGCCCCUGGUGUCAGCGGCGCGGCAGCAGCUGGGCAGUGCUGCAGGCCGAGCACUGCCCUGGCCGUACGGCCUCUCUGCCACCGGCGGCGGUGCUGCUGCUGGCGCUGCUGCCGGCGGAGGGCUAGCAUCCAGGGGCGGUGGUAGCGGUCGCUCCGCUGCUGGUGCUGCUGUAGGGGCAGUCGGCGCUGGUGGCGACGGCAGCACCGCCAUGCGCCGCGAGGCCAUCGCACGUAACCUGGCCGCAAACCAAGACUGGGAGCGGGCGGCGUGCGUGGCGACUCGAGCCAUGAUGGCAGACCCAGCCGCUGCGGCCCUGGUGUACGAGAACGCGGCUGGUGCAGGCACGCCCAUGUCAACAGGUGUAUCCGCCGCGGCUGCCACCGCUGUCGCCUCCGCCGCUACCGAUGCAGGGACGGUGGCAGCGGCAGCAAAAGGUGUGGCGUGCGGGCACGACCCAGAUGGCAAGGGUCCGGGCGGCGGCUCGGCAUCCGCCGGCGGACUACUGGCGUCGGGGGUUGUGUCCACAGCGCCGCCGGCGCCGCUCCUGGAGGCAGUGCUGGCGGCGUGGCCUGACGACGGCGGCGAGGGCGGUGGGCUGCAGGAUGAAGGCGAUGAGGAGCUAGUGCUGCACAGGGGGGUGGGCAGCGGCGGCGGGGUUGGCGGCGGCUGCAGUGCCGCGGGCGCUGUAGACCACAUGGACACAUUGCUGGCAGACCUGGGGCUGGACACGAUGCACAUCCAGCAGCUCCCCAGCUACCUACGGCAGUGUGCCGCCAGCCACACCCCGCUGCUGCUGGCCCCGCCACCCAGGGAGGCUGCCCAGGAAGGGCUUCGCGGCGCAUUGCAAUGCGCCGCGGGGCAAUGCGCGCUGCCGCUUUCGGCGUCCAAGGCAGUGACAUGUCGCGCCACACCGUCAGCAGCGGAGGCAGCUGAGUUGGACAAGCAGGAUGCACCAAACCUUCGCGUACCUGCUGCAGAAUCACACAACGGAGACGGCCGUGCGCUACCGGCUGGCUGCCUUGAGCCACAGCAGCAGCGGCUGCGGCGGGAGCAGCUGCAGCAGUGGCCGCCACCGCCGCCACCACAGCGCCUGCGCAAACUGCCGCCAACGCCCGGCAAGAACAGUGCAGCAGCGGGUCAGGGCGGACAGGGCCCGGCGGGUGCGCACUCGCUCCUUGCGAACCUGGUUGUCGGCGGGGACAUCGCCGCUGCAGACGCUGAUGAGGAGGUAGAGUUGGUGGAUAUGUGGGCAGCAGCGGCGGCAGCAGACGGCCAGCAGCUGCCGGCAGGUAGCGACAGCGGCGGCCAUAAACCAGCAGCUGGCCCUGAUGCGGCUAACGGCGUGACGCUGGGUGCCGCUGGAACCAGCGCAGCGGCGGCCAAGCUGCACCGCGGCACCGGCGUGGCGGUAGGAGGCAGGCAUGGUCAGGAAGCCGGGGUGCAGCGACGGCAGGAAGCAGAGCAGGCCCAGCAGGUCCCAGCAGACCCGGAUCCGGACCAGGAGCAGCAGGAGGCUGUGGAGCUGGUGUUUGAUGACGACCAGGGCUUUUGGGACCAACUGGAGGCGGAGGCGGUGCAGCUGCAGGCGCAGCAGGAGGAGGGGAUGGGGCAGGGGACGGGGCCAGCGCAGGAACAGGAGCCAGUUCCGCAGGAUCCUCAGGAGCUGUUUGAGUGGUGUGAGCCAGGUCAGGGGCAGGAGCAGACAGGCACCGGUGCACACCCCGGCACCAACGCGGCCACUUACGUUCCUGCAGCAACGGCGGGUGGCGAUGCAGCAGGCAGCCAAGGAGCGGCACUGACACGCGGCAGCGGCUUGGACCACCACCAGCCAGACCUGCAAGCGGCCGCUGUGGCGGCACCAGUCGGGCCCCAGCAGCAGCAGCGCAGGCCGGCUCCACUUGCGCCUGUCGUAGCUGCCGUGGCGGUCCGCCCCGCUAUACGCCGACGCCAGGUUGCAGCGGCGGUGCCUGACAAUCUGCUGAAAGCUAAUCGGCCACAGGCCACCCCUCUGCUGCUUCACAGUGCCGCGGCCGUCAGCGUGGCAGCUGGCAACGGUCAGGACGAGGAUGAUGAAAUUGAGGCCGAUGACGAAGAGGAAGAGCAUGUGGCAGGCACGCCCAGCCGCCACCAGAGCCAGCCGCGCAGCAGCCAGCAGCACCAACAGGCGAGUCAGCAGCCGCCAGCAGGCGCCACCGGUCAUACUGCAGGCGCACCGCCUCGCAGGCAGCUGACAGUGCCGGCGGUGGGCUUGCUGCGACGGCGCGGACCCCAGCCCCCGCUGCAGCAGAGCCAGGGAGCGCCGCUGCAGGCGUCGCAGCGGCAGCUGCCGGCAGCAGUCGGCGGAUCGCAACUGGCAGCGCCUGUACUGCUGCAGCGGCGGCGCAACACCGCUGCUGGCGAUGGCAUGCCAACAACGCAGCAGGGGCGGGGUGCCGCCGAACAGGAACAGGACGAGUUGGUGGCGUGGGGUGUUGAAGAGGAGGGCAACGAGGAGUCACAGCCACAGCUACAGUCGCAGCAGGCGGCACAGGCGCAGCCACAGCCGGGGCCCCUGCUGCGACGGCCCGCGGUCGCGCCCAAGCCUAGGCCGCAGCCAGCUGCGGGAGGAAGCUCAGGCGGCAAUGCUGGGGAGGAACGGCAGGACGGCGACGAGGCCGAUGGCGACAAUGGCGAUGCCGACCACGCCGAUGGAGAAGACGCUGCAGGGCGAGUGAGUCAGCCUUCUAUGGCAGACGCCGAGGCAACGGCCGGUGCCGCCCCGCCGGCGCUCCGCGUGGUUCCCAGGAUCGGCCGCCGCCUGACGGGCCCCGCUGCUGCUGCGACCGCUGGCGGCGUCAGCUCGGACCUCAGCAGUGAGGAUGAGGACGGCAUGCCAAAAGAUCAGGGCGGGCUGGGGGCCGGCGGUAGCGACGGUGGCAUUGGCACCGCUGGGCUGAAGCGGCGCCCCCAGCAGCGGCCCGCGCCGUGCCGGAGCAAGUACGUCAUCCGCCCAGCUGCAGCGCCAGGCGCCUCCGCGGCCUCCGCACAUGCCGGCACCAUUGGGGCCAACAGCUGCGGUGGUGGCGGUGGCAGCGCCGGCGUGCUGUCUCGGCUUCGCGCCGCGGCGCCGGAGGAGGUGCUGCGCGCCACCGGUUGGAACGCCAAGAUCCGGUGUCGCCCCGCGCACAACCCAGAGCUGCUACUGCGGCCGCAUCCGCCCGACCUGCGCACCGCAUCCUUUCGUGUGCCUCUGCCACCAGCUGCCGCUGCCGCUGUCGCUGCCGCUGGGCCACCUGCCUCCCUGGCGCCAGCAGCCCCGCUGACGCCGCGCAUGCACGCCGGCGCACCUGGCGCCUGCACUGGCCUUGUGCACCUCCGGGACCCUCUAGCCCUGGGCCUUGCGUUCCGAGGGGUGCUGCCGGCGCCGGCGGCGGCUCAGCCCGCCGCCGGCGCUGUUGGGGGCGCAGCAGGCGGCCAGCGCGGACAGCGCUUGCACGCGCGUGGGCAGCAGCAGCAGGAUGAGGAUGAGGAUAAGGAUGUGGAGGACCCGGAGCGGAGCUUGGUGGUGGACCUGGCGAUAGCAGGCAGCGGCGGUGGCGGUGCUGGUGAGGACCACGUGGAUGAAAAUGAUGACGAUGAUGACCUGCUGUAUAUUCCCACCAGCCUUGAGGACAUCCUGGCAAACGCUGGUGGUGCCGGUGCCGGCAGCAGCGGCCAGCAGACAGCAGCAGCUGGUGGCGGGGCGGGGGCGGCAGCGCAUGCGGCGAAGGACGAGCCGCAGUGGGUGGUGUGGCGGCGCAUCCUGCUUAGCGCGGGCAGGCGGCUGCUGUCGGCGCUCCUGCCGGCGGAGCAGGUGGCUGCCCUGCCGCCCUGGCCUGUGCCUCCGCCGCCUCCGCCACCACCACCGCCUCUGCCGCCGCCGCCGGCCCUGUCGCCCCCAGUGUGGGCAACGAGUAACCAGCAGCGGUCGCCACAGCCGCAUUCGGCGGUCGCGGCUGCAGCAGCGCCGCCACCGCAGCGGCCGCAGCCGCUGAGCAAAGCGCCAGCGGUGACCGGGUUUGAUGACGAUGACGAUGACGAUUUUGAUGACGCGUUCUGGGACGCAGUAGACCAGGCCGUGGAGAAGGCGGUGGCUGGAGGUGGCAGUAGCGCGGCCGCGGCUACUGCUGCUACUGCCGCGCCGCCGGCUGCAGCUGGGGUGACAGUGCCGCUUGCGGCCGUUGGUCAGGAGCAGCACCCGCCGGCUGUGCACGGGCAGCAGAACCGCUGGGAGGCGGGGGUGCGCGAUGACAAAGCGGCGGCGGAGCUGGGUGCCGAGCGGAAUGGUGGCUGCAGAUACGACACAGUCGGCAGAGUGGAAGGCGACGAGGAAGCCAGCUGGUUUGGAGACGCCGAUGCCGACUUUGAUGGUGGAGGUGGAGGCAGUAUCGGGGCUUUUGCCACGGGGUCCUCUGCCGGUCCCGGCGGCAUUGUCACGGCCGAUGUGUUGCUGCUGGAGCAGGGCGCGCACGGCCAGCAGGUGCCAACAGGUGCCUAUGGAGAUGCCGAUCAAGGGUCAGGCUGGCGACACAACAACGCCGCGCCGCACGUCCGUGCCGUCAGCAAUGCAGGCGCCUCGGCCGCUCCGAAUGCGGGACCGGCAGCAGCGGGAAAGCAGCAGCAGCAGCACCUCAACCACCUCACACCACCGCAGCACCAGCAACAAGAGCAGCUGGAGCCGUACGGGGACGGAGAUGACGAGUUGGAUGUGGUGCUGCUGUGCGGCGGCGAGGGCGAUGAGUGCGGCACGGGCCUCAGCGGCGGCGCCGUGACUGCUGCUGCGGCCGCCACGGGCCUCGCGGCGCAGCCGCUCCUACCGCCCAGGCCGCCGCCGCUAGCAGGUCAGAGGCCAGCCCAGCAGCAGAGCCGCUACCAGCCGCACCAGGCGUCCCGCCAACCGCAUGCCAGGCAGCGAGCACUGGGGUACUGGCCAGCAGCCGCAACAGACUCAUCGACGGCAACAGCAAGGCCACACCGGCAAGCGCCUAGCAGCGGCAGCUUUCCGCAGCCACAAGCUAUGGUGGCACCUGCUGCCUCAGUUGUGGCCCGGUGCCGCACGUCGGUCACCUCGGCUGGCUCCUGGGGUCUGGCUGUGCCUUCGCAGCCGGCUGUGGGUAGCGCGGCCGUCAACGCGUGCCAGCAGCCGCACAGGGCCAGCAGCUCGCAGCAGGUGGGCUGGGCAGCGUCACCGGGCGCCUCUGCCGCAGCAGCGAGUGGGCAACAUCAACUUAGGGGGCCACAAGCCGGGGAGCCGCGCGGCCACGCUGCCAGCGACAGGGGCCCGGCAGAGGGCGACGCGGACAGCAGUGAGCAAGGUGCUGUCACCGGCACCGCACCCGGCGGCGACGAGGGAGCCUGCGCGCGCCUGCUGGACGCAGCAGAAACAGCAGUGCAACACCGCAACUACGACGAGGUUGCAGAGGACGCUGACCUGCAGUGUGAGGUGGUGUUGCUCACGCCAUCCAAGGCUCCGGCGCCGGCCGCUGCCGCGCAACGGCACCUGCUGGGUGUGAGGCCGGCUACUGGCGUGGCGCCUGCGGCGGUGGCGGCGUCAGCGGACAUGUGGGAUGACUUCAACCUCGAUGCCCUUGAGUACUGGGACGAAGACGGGGGCGGAGGUGACGGGGGCGAUGCAGGGGCCGCUGCAGACGCAGGGGCCGCCGCAGACGGUGUGGAGCAGGGACCUGAGGAUGACGGCGACUUGGCGAUAGAGCUGGGCUGGGGCAAUGCCCAGCAGGGCAUGUUCAGUGACGAAGAAGCGGGUGGCUCAGAGGAGCAGGAGGAACGUGAGCUGCUACUGCUGCGUGAGCUGUUGCUGGGAGGCGGCGGCGGCGGCGGCGGCACCGAGCACAGGCGGCAGCAGGCGGGUGCGCAGGCCGCAGCAAACGCCGGCACACGCGGUUUCGCAGACAGCGGCGAGUGCUUGACGGCGCCUCUUGCAGGCAGCGAUACCCCGGAAGGCAGUCCCGGACUGGAAGCUGGCAAUGGCGGCGGCAGCACCAGCGGUGGUGGCACUGGCGGCGCCGGCAGCGGCGAGGACGCCGCGGAUGGCAACUGGGAUACCGCCGACCCUCUUUCUGGGGGCUGCUCACUGGUCUUUGCUGAGGACGCAGAGCUCAGCGGACAGGAUUACCGUCCUGACUCUAUCACCGCCGCCGCAGCCGGGCCGCUACAGCGCGGCUUCUCACACGGUAGUGGUGGUGCUGGUGGGGGCGACGGCGAGGAGGAGCGGGAGGCGCUGAGGCUUUUGGACGACCUGACGGCCCUGCAGCUGCAGCUGCAGCUGCGGCCAGGAGAGGCCGGCAGUGGGCCGGUGGCGGCGGUGGCGGCGGCGCUGCGGAGCCGCAUGGCGGCGGCGGUGCGCGGCGUGGUGCGGCAGCGGGGCGACGGCAGUGGAGGAGCAGACGGCGCCGGUGGUGCAGUUGACGUGGAGGCGGCUGAGGCGGCAGCGGCAGCUCAUGGCGGAGAAGCGCGACAGCGAGAGACAACGGAAAGAACACAAGGCACAGAAGGGGCUGCGUAUGCCCGCGGCGCGGUGGCAGCGGCGGCAGGGCAGCAGGUGGCACACGUGAUGGCGGCACAGCCUGGGGGGCAGCUCACCUCGCGGGCCGCGGCGGCUCGGCAGCAGCAGGAGCAUGCGGCUGCGGCGGCGGCGUGUGGCCACAAGCGCAAGCGGGAGGAACUGCUGGCGGCGCUGAUUGAGGAGAUGCUGGCGGCACGGCAGCGAGGCCGCCUGGACCUGCGUUCGCUCAUCACGUGGCUGGCCGCCCGCCUGAGACACCAGGCCAUGACGGCAGUAGCAGCAGUGCCUGGCGCGGCAGUAGCAGCAGCGCCCGACACGGCAGUAGCAAGGGCAUCGGCGAUGGCGGCGCCGACGUCAGCAGUUGCAGCCGGCCAGCCGGCACUUGAGUGCUUCCUGUCCCUCCGCGCCCUUGGAGAGGAGGCGGUCGGCGGAAGUGGAAGUGGCGGCAGCGGCAGGGGUGGUGCUAGCACGGGAGUUGCCGCGCCUUCUGCGUGCCGUGCGUUACCACUGGCGCAGCUGCCGCCCCCUGCACCCGCUGGCGCGGUCAUCACCCAGCACCGCAUCUUUCUGGCGGCCCUGAACCUGGCACACCAGAACAACCUGGCGUGGCAGGCGCAGCAGCAGCAGGAGCAGCAGGCGGAGGGCGGCGCUGGUGCACGUCCCCGUGACGGCGCGGCGAUGCUGAGUCGGCGAUGGGUGGAGGGCCGGGUGCUGCUGCGACAGGGGGAGGGUGGAGACGUGCUGCUGCAGGUAGAGGCCUGACCGGCGGAAACAGGGAAGGUGAAUGCGUGCGUGUGGAGGGUGGGGGGUGGGGGUGGGAGUGGGGGGGAGUUCGGCGCGGCGUUUGAGGUUUGAGGCGUGGCCGUGGCCGUCGAAGGGCUGCAACGCUGUUAAAUGGCUCAUGCCAGCUCACCACCAAUCGAGGCGCUCCUGCAUAGCAAUAACCAUUGUAAGGCUGCGUAAGG